AUGUCCGCCGACGAUUCGGAGAUUAUCAAUUUGCUGCAAAUUAGUCCCUCGAAUCGUACAGUUGAGGAUCUGACUCGGCUUUUCCAACAUCUGCGCUCGAUUGAGGGUCUGGUGGGCAGCGGCCCCUCCUCCCACCGUGAUGCCGCUCUGCGUGAGGUCUGUCGUAUCGCCCGACCCCUGCGUGCCAAAGGCGACACUCUCCUCUACCGGAAAGACGACCCCACUGACUGC